AUGAUCAUUGCUGUUUUACUUAUAACUAUUCCAAUAGCUAUUAUUAAAACGAAAAAAAUAAACAUUAGAGAAACAUCAAUAUCAACAACAAAAGAAGUUACGACAAUAACAGACAAUCCAACAACGAAAGAACAAAACAAAACAAAAUGUAAUAGAUGGAAACAACAAGGAAUUACAGUUGCUGGAGGAAAUGGUCAAGGAAAUGAAGUAAGCCAACUCUCUGCACCUGAAGGAAUCUUUAUUAAUGAUAACAACACUAUUUUUGUUGCUGAUUAUUAUAAUAAUCGUAUUAUUGAAUGGAAACAUAAUUCGAGCAAUGGGCAAAUCGUUAUAAAUGAAACUGAUCAAUUGUGGAGCCCAACAGAUGUAAUUGUUGACCAAGAAAAGAAUUUUUUGAUCGUUGCUGAUAGCGCAAAUCAAGGAGUAACGCGAUGGUUUUGUGAAAAUAGAACAAAUCCACAAAUUAUCAUGUCUGAUAUAUAUAGUUAUGGUUUGGCAAUGGAUAACUAUGGGUUUAUUUAUGUUUCUGAUAGUGGAAACAAUGAAGUGAGACGUUGGGCAGAAGAAGAACCAGAUGGAACAGUAGUUGCAGGUGGAAAUAAAGAAGGAUAUAGUCUUAAUCAAUUAACCAAACCUGCUCAUAUAUUUGUCGAUGAAGAUUAUUCUGUUUAUGUAUCUGAUAUGAACAAUCAUCGUGUAAUAAAAUGGAAAAAAGAUGCUAAAUACGGCAUUGUUGUUGCUGGUGGACAUGGUCCAGGAAUGAGUCUUGACCAUUUAUACUGGCCUAAUGGAGUGAUUGUUGACCAUUGGCAUCACAUCUUUGUCGCAGACUCUGGAAAUCAUCGAGUAAUGCGUUGGAAUGAAGGCGACACAGAAGGUUCAAUUGUAAUGGGCGGAAAUGGAAAAGGAACGGAAUCAAAUCAAUUGAAUACACCUUCUGAUUUAUCAUUUGAUGUUGAAGGUAAUCUUUAUGUUGCUGACAAGAACAAUCAUCGAAUUCAAAAAUAUGAACUAUGUUUUGAAUGA